CAAGGGGAAGGGAGGAGGGGUCAGGGAAGGCGGAUUGUCUGAAACAGUUAAAUCUCAUUUAUGUCCUUUUGAUCAUUCUAUUUUGCGUGCUGCCCUCCUUCAAACGUAAUAGCGACUUUAUGGAUUUUAAAAUAUUUUCUCUCAUCAAAUCCUUUUGAUUCCACGUCGCAAAAAGCUGAUGAAUCUUGCUGCUGUUGACGCUCAAGCAGCCCCAUGCUUCUGCUACGGAUGGUUUGCCGAUUAGUCCCCCAGUGAAUUCCAAGCAAGAAUCGACCACCGAAACGAUGACGAACGAAGAGCCAAAUCCCCCUGGCUUGACACAGGCAGAAGCUGAUCCUAAAUAUGCUUUUAAAGCGUCAGCAUUCUUGGCCGGAGUGGCUGGAGUGUCUGCUUUGUUUGGUUUUGGUGCGACCUUAUCUUACGUUAAGAAGAAAGAUCCUACAUUUUUCGACAAAGGUGUUGCGAUGGGUCCUACAUUAGCAGAAAGUGGUGCCGCUCUAGCAACUCGUGCCCUUGGUUGGGGAACACUUUAUGCAGUAGGAGGGUGCAGCAUUCUAUUUUUAUCAUUAUGGAAAUUAUCAGGAUGUAAUAAUCUGCAAGAAUUUCGGAUGAAAAUGGGUAAUAAUCUUCCAAAGAUCCGUAAAAAUGACCCUCCUCAGAGUAGAACCGAGUUUGAAGGCCUUAGUGAUUUAAUGAGAUAUUUGGAAACCUGGGGUUCUGAGGAAAAGCAAGAGAAAGCAUCCUCACCCUUAAUUGUAGAAGCAAAAUCUUCAUCAUCCUCAAGUUAAAAUACUGACUUUGCCAAUAGAUCAGAAGUGCUUUCCAAAAAUUUGAGCUCAAAAGAUUGUUUUUACUCAUUUCUUUCUUUCUUUCUUUUUUCAAACGUUUCAAAUGUGUUCAGCAUAGUGGUUAGUUUCCCAACAAGUUUCUUCAAAUUUUCAGUAGUAAUGUGUAUUUGAAGUAGUAUGUGCCAGUGCAGCAAGAUUUCUAAUCUGUGUAACUGCUGUCUCAGUAAGGGAUCAAAUAUAAAUCAUGUUGGUUUGUAUUCUUGAUACUUUUUACUUGUUACCUAACUUUUUGCCAAUGAAAUUGUAAGACGAUCUUUUCAAAAUUGAUUGCACGUUUAUCGAUUGGAUGAGUUUCUUUUGUGCUAUUAAAAUAAAGUACUCUAGUUAAAUAUUUA